AUGGCCACUCAGUUCGUUAGUUCGUUCUAUCGUUGUCGUAUCGUAUAGGUACUCUUUCUUGUUUUGUUUGUUUUAUUUUGGCAAGUGGCCGGUUUAGUACAGUAUCUUAAAUUGUACAGAAAAUUACAUUGAUACGAAAUGGGAUUCGAUAACGCGCGAAUAGUAUUAGAUAGUCCUAACAAUACCUAUUACGCUGGCCAAACUUUAAAUGGGCGGCUACUGUUUUCAAGUGACAAGGUCAAAAAAUUCAGAGGCAUCUAUGUCCACAUGAGGGGCUACUGCAAAGUCCACUGGACGUCACGGGAACACAAUCCACACUCUCACUCCGAACACGACCGCCACAGGACUGUCAACCAUGACUCCUAUGAGGAUUACUUUGAUCAUAAAAUUUACCUCAGUGGUAGCUCGUCAGGCGACCACCAGUUGCCAGCAGGGCAGCACGACCUUCCCUUCAGCAUCCGCAUUCCAGACAACUGUCCGUCGGCCAUCGAGGGGGAAUACGGAUAUGUGCGCUACGAGCUCAAGGUGGUGGUGGACCGGGCGUUCAAAACUGACCAGGAGCUGAGUGCGCCGCUUAAAAUCCUGUCGCCGUUGGAUUUAAAUAUGGUGCCGAAAGCAAGGGAGCCGAUCAACAUCAAAAUGGAGGACUCGUAUUGCUGCUGGUGCGUGAACGCCGGCUCCUCGGAGACCCUGCUGGAGCUGCCCAGUUCGGGCUACUGCCCCGGGCAGGUGAUCCCCGUCGCCGUCCAGUGUAUCAACCGGAGCACGGAGGAGAUUGAUAUCAAAGUCGCUCUUAAGAAGGAAAUAACGUUCACCGCCCGCAGUGCUCCCGGCACGAAGCACGAGAAAUCAAAGAUUCUAGAGGAGAAGCGAGGCCCUGUGCCGCCGCACUUGACCAAGAGCUGGACCAUAGAGCUCGUCGUGCCGGAGAUGGAUGUGCAUAACCUGAGGAACUGCUCGUUCAUCAGCGUCGAGUAUGAGCUCAAGAUCACCGUAUCUCCCGACGGUUGCCACGACGACAACGAAGACAGUUGCAACUUGAUCUUCGGUAGCAUUCCCUUGGGUGGAACCCAGAUUAUACAGAACCCUCACACCAUAACCCAAUCUCAGGCUUACUCCCAAGCAAUAACCCAACAACCAUAUCCCAGCCCCUACCUACAAUAUCCCAACGCCACUCCAAACCCACCACACACUGGUUUUCAAACCAAUAACUAUCCACCUAACCCACACCUCACGUCCCCCUUCCCACCCAAUCCCUAUCCACCUAGUCCACAAUCGAUCCCUCUUCAAACCUCACCGAACCCCAUGGCACAUAAUCAACCUUCACCUUAUCCUCAAUCUCCGUAUCCCCCUCAUGGGGGACUCUCUUCAUAUCCUAAUAAUCAAGGUCCGUAUCCACCUGGACCUCAGGGGCCAAAUUCUCCAUACCCACCUGGACCUCAGGGGCCAAAUUCUCCAUACCCACCUGGACCUCAGGGGCCAAAUUCUCCAUAUCCACUCGGACCUCAAGGGCCUAGUUCUCCGUAUCCAGCAGCAUUCACAGGGUUCACCCGCGGCGCGGAGCAGGGAGCCCGCGCGCCGCUGCUGCCCCUGCCUAAGCCCGGGUCUACGGCAAGCCCGUACGCCCCCAGUGCUCCGGUGCCUUCCACGCCAGACGACGCUACAAAGCCCCUCAUGAUGGAUGGAGAUCUGGACAAGUCUCAGCCGGCUUACAACCCCAACGUGUGAUGCGAAACAUUGCUCUGAAGCUGUCACCCUCGUUAUCUCCAACAAGACGGAAAAAAAUAUAAAAGAGAUUGGGCAGUUUUGGUUCAAUGUUGCUGAAGUUUGAUUGGUGAUUUUAUAAAAGUUUAGAAAGCUUAAACCGCAUAGAAAAUUCAUCCACUCUCAUAGUGUGCCAUACUUUUUCAUACAAGUUAAAAUUCUUCGAUGUGUAAUAUUUUUGAGGACUAUUUUUGUAAGUCUACAGAAUUAUUCAAAUAUACAUUUUACAGGGCUGCAAUAUUAUGUAUUUACACAAACAAUAUUUACAAAUGUUAUAUUACAUCUACCUCAAUACUCAUUGUCUACCUCGAAGCACAAAUAUUAACGAUAAAUAUAGUCUUCCAUGGAAAUAUGGUUAUAUAGUUACCUUUCUUACAGUUUUCUUUAAAAGAGACAAAAAAUAUUUUAUGAGCCACAUUUAUGACCGUUUCUGGUGCUUUUAUAUUAGAAUGAGGUCUGUCGCGACUGAAUUCACCGCCAGCGGCGCUGGUGUAGUGAAAGGAUAAUUUCUAAUAAUUUUCAAGUUUGUAUUUUAAGCAUGUGCGCGGGAUUUCCUGUGCGCAUGCUUGCAGCAUACGAACCUCAAAAUUUAUUUGACUAAACCAACGGCCCUGGCGGCGAACGCAUUAGCCGUCAUGUAUUUUAAAGCUAUCAUAGCAAUGUCUACAUGUGAAAUUAAAUUAAGGCUUUAGCUUGUAAGCAAAAUAUGAGUUGAGACGAUUUAUUGUUAGCUUCGCGUGCUGCUUGUCGAACUUAUAAAUUGUGGAAAAUACACAUAAAUGUACAAUCGAACACACGAGUUAUGAAUUGUAAUAAAAAAUUAUAGAGUAAUAUUUUUUGUUAUAUGAAAUGAGAUAAUUGCUUAUAUUGUUUUGUGGAAUGAAUUUAUUAUAAAAUGAUUAUUGAUAUUAUCUCAGUUUUUAAAUUUCAAGGACACAUACUUAUUGGGCAAACGGCUGUUUAGAAUAUACAUGUUAUAUACUCGUCUUAUAAGUACUAAUAUUUCAUAUAAAUAUUAUUGGUUUUGUUUUUCUUUUUUAAAUACAGUAUGAUAUUAUAUGGUCGUGACAUUUAUAUUUGCCAAGCACGCACGCUGCAUUUAUGAAUAAAACGCUUUUAGUUAUAUACAAGUAACAUAAUAGUUAGAAUUAAGUACGAUGAUUCAAUUACGUCACAUUUUUAACAUAAUAUAUGAGGUUAUGUUUUAAUAUUACUCAUGCUAAUCCGGGGGAUAAAAAAUCACAUUUGUUUACUAUUUUGAUGUUUAUUGCACUUUUUGAAAUUAUAAUUAUCCAAUAAUCGCCUCUUUAGUUCAAAACUUACUAGAAUACUGCUUAUAAUCCUAUGUUAAAUGUAAAAAAUUGAAGACAUUUUCAUCACAAUAAACAAUUAUUUUAGUGUAGUUUGAUAAGUUUUAUCUACAAGUGAAGAUUGCAACACUAACUAGCUACUUGUUAAAAGGUCCAUCUCCCGCUUUUAUUGACGAAUGUUGCCAUUCGGAUUUUUUUUCUUACGAGUAGUAAACAAUCCUCACAGUACUUAUUAUUGAAAACAAAUCAAAUUGUAUCAUGAGAAACACUAACCACGUUUGCCGCAAAGCGCGGAAAAAAAAUGUAUGGAAACUCAAUGUAUGCAAUCACCUUAAAUAAAACCCAAAUAAUAAAAAAUAAUACAGUUAUAAACCUAAUAUAAUACAUUUGAAAGCGAGACAUUAAAAAAAAUAUGAUAUAUAGACAUGGAAAGAUUGUUUACACAAUAAGACUUGAAAGAAAAAAAUACUUUAUUAUUGCUUUACGAAGGUUUAUUGAGUGGAAUAGUCAACUGGCCUUUCACAUGUAGCUGUGUUGCGCCUUUUCUUCAUAUGGCUUGUUUUACGUAUGUACUUUAAACUGGUGCUUUUAGUGUGUCUGUGAUUGGUAUAACCGAAAUGAUUUUAUAAAUUGAAUUAUUAAUACGAUGUAAUCGUUAUAGUAUACUAUAUAUUUAAGGUAUGAGAUACUCACUAUUUGGACUAUAUAUUUUUUAUCAAAAUUAUUUUUGGAAUGAGGAAUCUUAAUUUUCUUGUAUUUUGGAAGUGACUUUUUGUUUCCUUUUAUGACGAUUUGUCUUGAAUUUAAGUGUGUACAAUCUAUUUUAGAAGUGUUUAUUUUACAAAAUAUAUUAUGAAUAAAUAAAUGUGUAUUACUUUAA